AAGACAGACAGACAGACAGAAGAAGGCGAGCUGACACAUAGACACGACCUGUGCUGGAUUGUUGUUGUUUUUUCGCCCUUUUUUCUGUGAUGAUGUAUAGCAGUGGGAUAUUUGUGAUUAUUUUUAUGACAUGCCAGAUGCUCGGAUCUCAGAGCCAGGAGUGUAUGAGCAGGCAGGAGGUCCAGAGCACUCUACAAUACGUCCAUAAGCUGCUCUCAGCGCACGAGACCUCCUUCUUACAAAGUGUACGCAGCCUGCGCAAGAAACUCAACCUGAUGCACAACGGCACAGUCAAACACAGCAGCAGCAGUAACACGGGCAAGAACAGCACAUCUAUGUGUCUGCCUCCAAACCCGCCAGCCAAUGGAAGGAUGCUGGGCCAAGUGUUCAAAGUGGGCCAUGAGGUUCACUUCCUCUGUAACUCUGGUUUCCAGCUGUCAGGGCCAGAGACUAGGGAGUGUCUGGAUUCCCUCAGCUGGAGUGGAGAAGAGCCAACUUGCAAGAUGGAAGAUGCUGGCACACACAAUAUCGCUACCUCCUCCAUGCCCACAUCUACCUCACCAUCUUCUCCACCUCCAGCCUCGGCCUAUGUCCGUCGCUCUCACUGCAUCGAGCUAGAAGGCUCCAUGCAGUGUACAUGUGAGCAAGGCUACAGCAUCUCCAGCCAGGACAGAGGCUUGUGUACAGACAUUGAUGAAUGUGAGCUUUUCCGUAUGACCCAAACUGGUCGUCUAUGUAUGCACACGUGUAUCAACACGGCUGGGAGCUACUACUGCCAAUGUCCCACUGGUUACAGCGUCAACAAAGACAACAGGAGCUGUCAGGAUGUUAAUGAGUGUGAGAGAGGAACUCACAACUGUACCAAAGAGCAGGAGUGCGUGAACACUUUCGGAGGUUACAGAUGCAUGGUAGUCGAAUGCCCUCGCUUUCGCAAUGCUUCCUACAUCAAGACCUCACCUUUGCAAUGUGAGCGUAACCCAUGCGUUCAGAGGAACAAAGCUUGUCUCCAAGCACCGGUCUCCAUCAGCUUUCACUUCAUGUCAGUGGUGUCGAACAUGAGCACUCCCCGUGUUUUGUUCCGGGUGUCAGCGGCCCGAGUGGUAGGAAACACCCUGCGCUUCGCACUGCUGGGAAAUCGAGGAGAAAGACAUUUCACUGUUCAGCGUGCAAGCAGACAGAGCGGCGAGCUGCUGCUGGUGGAGCCGGUGCAAGGCCCUGCCACACUGGAGGCUGAGGUGGAGAUGAGCGAGUUGGAGAGGAGAACACUGCUGGGACGAUAUCUAACAAAGGUUACACUCUUCGUUUCUCCAUACAGCUUCUAAAAGGCAGAGUGAGGAGCCAACAGACUGGAAAAUUUACUUUAUUUCUUGUCUUACGAACUGAAAUAAGGUGCAAGAGAUUUGCAGAUAGGCAAAUCAAAAAUUUAUAAUUAUUAUUUAAGCCUAUUACAUCCAUUAAGCUUAUUUUGUUUUUACAGCCUUUUAUAUAUUCAAUGUGAUUUAUUUCCUAAU